AUGGCCUAUCCUCAAGGCUUUCUCUUCCAACCGUCGGUGUCUCUAGCUCUCCAUUCCUGUCCCCCGUUCAGUUCCAGUGUGAUUUUAGGAGGACCAAGGACUGAGGAACUGGGCCGGUCGUCUUCAGGCUCAGCCUUCGCCCCCUACGCGGGAUCACCGGCGUUCAAUGGUUCAUCCCCUGGCUUCAAUUCUCACCUCCAGUUUAGCGGAGAGCAGACGGCGGCACUGAACUCAUUUGUGGGCUCCGCGUACGAUCCCUCAGCGGGUAUCGCUGGCUCUUUAGAGUAUCACCCGUUCGGUGUAGCAUUGGGCUAUCCAUAUGGAGACCCUGCAUACAGGAAAAAUGCUACAAGAGAUGCGACUGCCACUCUCAAAGCGUGGCUCAAUGAACACCGUAAAAACCCCUACCCAACCAAGGGUGAGAAGAUCAUGCUGGCCAUCAUUACUAAGAUGACCCUUACCCAAGUGUCCACCUGGUUCGCCAACGCCAGAAGGCGGUUGAAGAAAGAGAAUAAAAUGACGUGGACCCCGAGGAAUAGAAGUGAGGAUGAGGAAGAAGAUGACAACAUUGACCUGGAGAAGAAUGACGACGAGGAAGAGCCACUUAAGCCCACGGCAGAAAUUGGGUCGAAAAAUGAAGCAGUUGGGCAGCAUCCAAAUCCAGUGGGAAUCCCCUGUGAGAAAUACAAAGAAGACAAUAGCGGCAAUGACAUGGAACCUGUCUUAAUUGAUCCGAAUGUAAAGGACCACGGGGACAGGAGAGUGCCCGAGAUGCCACGGCCCACCACCGCAGCAUCUCCCCAAAACGCGGACCUUGGAGUGGAAAGGGAUUCAGACUCGGCAGCCUCGGAAAGUCCACCUCCACUGAGGCGUAAUGACUCAGGCAACUCCAGCAAUGCCACAUCAGUGAUUCACUCGGCCCUUCCGGCCCCGAAACCAAAACUGUGGUCGCUCGCGGAGAUCGCAACUUCUUCGGAUAAAUGUAAAGGAUGUAGUGAUGCCUCUCAGACCGUGCCCAGACAAUUACGUACAGAGAUUCCGGGCGGUAUGCCUAUGUCAUCUCCAUUGCGAGACGCUCCUCAGAAUCUUUUCCCUCACAGUGCAGCCCUGUCCAGACAUGUCUAUUAUACGUCUCCCUUUUUCCAGGGUUACUCGAACUAUCAUGGCACUUUUGGACACCUGCAGAGCCCCGGAUCCAACGUGGGGUCAGCGACACAUUUAAAUGGAUUACAUCAAACUAUGUUACACAGAGCCGAGGCUCUGGCAAGAGACAGCCAAGCCAGGAGCCAAACACAGAUAGAUAUUUGUAAAGACUUGAGAUAUGAAAUUAAGAAAGGUAUGACACAUGUCUAG